UAGAAUCCAGUUGGUUUCUGGCACUCGACAGUGGCGCACGAGACCUGCCCCGCCCCCAAAGCUGCCCCGCAGUCGCGAGCGAACUUUUGGCGCGCAAUUUUGUCAGCACUUGCUACUUGCAAUCUGCAACCUGCAACCUGCGGCAUCACAGAGCAAUUAAUUGGCUAAUAAUCGUUUUUUUUAAGUGUAUUUUUUUUAAAACAGGACUGUGUGUGUGCGACAGGGGGUGAGUGUGUGUAUGGAAGGAUAAUUGCAGGGCGCAUUUGAAAUAUUCAUGGGACAAGUGCAGCAGCGACAAAGGCCUGAAUUAUUCAAGAAACUAGCAGUUCCCCUUUUUUGUUUGUUCUGUGUGUGCUUGCCGCCGUUUUGUUUUCGCAAUAGCAGCAACUACAAAAACAAUAACAACAAUAGAAAGCGGCGAAAGGGUAACGCUCGCCGAUCCCAUGAACAUGUAAAUCCAAUAACAAUAGCCCAGAAUAAGAGAGACCGUUAGAAUCCGAGACCGAGCGAAAUGGCAGGAGCAACAGUAAGGAGCAACCGGCCUGGAGGGCAUGGCCACGGCUCCGGUUACGGAUACGGAUCCGGAUACGGGUACGGGCACGGCUACAGGCAUAAAUCCCACGGCGCCGCCGGCACGCAACUUCGCUGGCUGGACUGCUUCUGCCUCUGCCUCGUCCACCUGUGCCUGUUUGCCGCAGUUGCCGGCGAAGAAGUCACCACAGCAGGCAGUCUUUCCGAGGAAUGGGGAUCUGGCUGGCGGGGAACUAAUUUCCUAGUGGAGGUCGAGGAGACCGCUCCCAUGUCCCCGCCCUCUUCGUCCUCCGCCUCCGCUAAUGGCAGUGAGGACUACAUUGGGGAGCUUAGCAGCCAGGAGGCGGAGGAAGGAUUCACCACAGGAGCCACCACGGGAGUCACCAAUGGCACCACCACCGUAGAGACAGGACCGAAGAUCAUUGUGCGCACCGAGGAGGUCCUGAUUGUCGGCCUCGUCCUGGUGCUCUGGGUGGGCGCCAUCAUGCUCUUCUUCAACCGCUGGGGCAAGAUCCGGAUGCUGGAGCCCUAUCAGCCCAAGUUCCAGCAGCAGCACCGCAGCUCCUGUCCUCUGGUGGACAUGGACGCCGUUCCUACUCAUCAGCGCGCCUCCGUGUCGCGAAUGUCGAUGGGAAUGGUGCACAAUCUGAAUAUGCCGACGUGUCAAUUUGCGGCCUAUAAUCCCAACAUUUAUGCCAAGGGCUACGCCUCCCAUGUGUCGCAGGUGUCGCGUCCCCGGCAGAACUCCGUGUUCGUGGGGGCCAGUACCAGUCACUACCUGAUGCCGCGUCCGCCGCGGAAGACCCGCUCGGCGAUGGAUCUGCACUCCAUGGUGCUGGACGAGAGUGCCGAGCAGGUGUAAGUUGGCGAAGGAAACGCGGGGGAUCCAGUAAAGUAGUCGCUAGGUAAGGUGUGGGAGGAGGUGUGAGUGAGCGAGUGAGCGGCUGCCAGGACAACCCAUGAUUCUCCAACGAAAGCAUACAAUUAAGUCUCUACUUCAGGAUCAGCAUUAAGCUGGGGUGCCUGAGAGUAUGCUACAUAAUAGUUUUUGGCGGGGAAAGUGCGUGGGUUCAACGGCAGUCAAUAUGUUGUAUCUCAGCUUUUUUUUGUAAUGAGUGUAUGAGCGAUGGAGAGAUGGAUUAUAGCACUGUCCAAUAUUUGCAACUAAAAGUACCAUAUUUGUAUCACUCGGCUGUCUCUGUCUCUUUCUCCAACUAAGCAACUAUCUCUGUCGCAAAAGUGUGUUCUUCAGAGUCAAUUGAAAUCAACUUCAUUUCGGACAGCCGACAAGUAUCUAUCCUAGAGUAUUAUUAUCCUAGAGCCCUAUCCGGUGUUACUCAACGUAGUCUUGAUCUAUCUAACCUAAAACCGUAUAGCAUUUCCUCAACUUAGCGUUUCUCUUCACACAAAUAUUGGAUGCCAGAGCAAAUUGUUAUGUAUACAUACACAGAGAAAAAAAACGUAUAAUUAUCUAUAAAAUAUAUACAUAUUUGUAAGGGCUAAAGCCCGUAUUUAGUUUGUAAGCCCAAAGCUCAAACGAUCGCGAUCAGCCUACAACUCCAUACUUGACCAAAAACAUCUGUCAUUUCUCGAACUACAAUAUAUUAUAUUAUAUAUUACUCUUUCUAAACUAACUCUUAAGUAAUUUCGACCAACUACUAAGGAAACUGAGAAUGUCCUGGAAGGGUAGGGAGUUGCUGGAAGAUGUAGCUGAAAAGCCGAGGGAAGGGGAAACUUAAAACGAGAACAACAACUAACUAACGAAAGCUUUAAAUUCCUUGGGCCACUUUGGGGGACCCGCAAAACAAAAAAAAAACCAAGAACCCAUCCAGAUCGAAGUAAACUAAUCUAAUAGAUCCGAGAAUUAUUGUAUUUUUACGCUUAAGAUAAUGAAUAUAAAAGUCUAGUGCAACAAUAUGUGGAACAACUAACUAAAAACUAAAACCAAAACUAAUCCAAACCUUAACUCUCACAUCUAAAAUACAAUAUAGCUGAAAGAUAUCUUAACACUCGGACUUCAGACGCCCAAUUGUUGAUUAUGAAUGUUUAAUUAAAUUAUUUACAAUAUUUACAAGAGCCUGAGCAAACCAAUUAUAUAUACACUCGUGUACUAUAUCAAAAGCUAAACUAUACUAUAUAUACAUAAUAUAUAUUUAAUAUAUCUAUAUACAUGUAUGGAUGGAAACCCAAACAAUUAUAUACAUUUUGAAGGAUUCAAUUAAAUAAAUGAAACAAAUUAUAUUUGAA